AUGUUCCUUGUGGACCCAAAUUUCUCACAGUUCAAUGAGGAAACUCGACUGCGCUUUUAUGGCAAGUUCAUAUCUGUUGGAGAGCGAGUCAGGGUUUCCGGAGUUGGAGUAAUCAAGAAAGUUCGUGUUGUCGAGAUAGGGAGUGGUACCGAAGAUGACCUUAUUGAUAUCACGGUCGAACAUUUGGCAGAGGCCCGGUUUGGCGGAGCCAUGCGCGUGCAAUGCCUGUUGGGCUGGAAGUUCUGUAAGGUGCCCGAAGAUACGACGUUGUAUGUUGGAAGUAAGAUAUUUUACGAAGGUGUUCUCGACGGCUGGGCAUCUUCCUGUGGUCGCAUGGUCAUCGAGGUUCGCAGCGCAACUGUAAAUUUUGCUGAUAUCCAGCUCGCGAGAUCGACACUUUCACCUGAUUCGGACGUCUACGCCUAUUAA